AUGGCCCAUCCAAAAGACAAGUACUACUGGACUCAACUAAGAGCUGCUCUAACAGCAGGUCAAUGGUCUUCUCCUGCUCCAGCAAAAGCUCAAAAUGCUGUUACAUUAUCUUGGUUUCAUCUACUCCGCAAGUUCAACAAACACUGUAAAGGCUUUCAAGACGUAGCAGAGGUCCUCGAUCUUGGUGACGAGUGUCUAUUACCAUCGGAGCGGAUAGAGGAGGCUAGAGGAGGCUAUGAAAUAUUAACGAGUCUCAACAGCAACCAUUUCGAUUCUCUUCAGCUUGCACUUGCGUUCUAUGCGUAUGCCUUCGGACAGUUCUCGGAAUGCAUCUCCUACUUGUCCAAAGUACCGAAGCUGCUUGAUGCACAGAGUCAUAUACCUCCACCAUCUACAACUCCUGAUAUCAAGGAUGGGAGAGCUUGGGCAAUCACCGAAUCAAUAAGGAGCACGUGCUUACAAGGCAUGUGCUACGAAAAAUUGUCGGAUCCCAAGAAAGCAAUUCAAGCCUACUCAUCCGCCCUCCCACUUCUCAGUAUCAUCGAGUUCCAGAUCCCACGGACAUUCACCACCACACACACAUUUUCCGCUUCAUUCGCCAACUACCGCGAGCUAUGGCGUUGGACAGAACGUCUUAUGUUCAGGACCAUCUCUCUCCUUUCCCGGUAUUGCUGCCUAGAUGACUACGACAGCCUUCUUUGGACCAUGUUCACCCAUUACCAUGCUUGCAGCGCCCACUGGCCGCCGACUUUCCGCACAGGUCACCGCUCAACAGUCGCAGUCCUUCACCUCCGAGCUCUCAUCAUCCGACAUCAGACAUCAUCAUCUACAACCACCCCUAAUUUGUCACUUCAGUCAACUAAACCACCCCAAUGGCUAAGUACUGCUCGUUCCGUUAUAAAUGAAUAUCGCACAAUUUUAGCAACUUGCACUAGUUUCCCCAAGGCUGGAGAACGUAACGUUAAAGUGGAGGAUUUCGUAGACCUGUGCGUGGCGGUGUGGGAGACCAGUGGAGCCAUGGCUGAUCGUGUUCGUUGGGUCCUCGAUGUUCUCUGGUGGGCUACCCGCCUCACCUUCAACUCAUACCGUGUCUAUCGACACAUGACACGACUUCUUUCCAUUUCCGGCGACGCGGAGCUGGCGAAACGAACCCUGAGGUUAUACGUCCAGGUCGUUUCAAAAGCACGAGAAGCAAGGGUGGAUAAUGAUUUCGAUACGGAUCGACAUUGGGUAGAGACGUUGGUCAGUGGUGCGCGGAUGCUCUGUCGUCUUGCUAUUUCGCGCCCGGAUGGCAAAACGAGGCUGGAUGAGGAUGACAAGGAAAUGGUAGCGAGAGUCGCAUUGGCCGAAGGGGUGUGGUACACAACACUGGCAAUAAUAGAACAAGACCCCUACACGCGACAGACUCGUCUAGGUCAUGCCCUCGCCGCAUACCUGAAGUCUGUUGGAACCUACCCUACACCUGCAGCGCAUCAUCAGCUCGCGAUCGCACUUGCCUUACCCGGAAGCUCGCAAAAUUUGGACGAGGCCAUCAUAUCAGCUCGCGCAGCCGUCGAAGACGAGGCAGAGGAGAUUAGGCAUUGGCAUCUUCUCGGUCUGUUACUAAGUGCUAAUGGCGAGUGGGAGAGGGCGGUCGGCGUUUUAGAGGUGGGCGCAGACCUAGACGAAAGUAAAAAGGAUUUGGAAAGACUCGACGAGGACGACGUCGUGGAGAAAGCACCCAUGGCUGAUGGUAUCCAGGCUAAAGACUUCGAGACCAACCAGCAGCGUGCACAAAUAACCGGUUCUUCAAUGCUUCCAAACCCACAUCCACCACUGAAUGGUGUUGAUGAUCCAACAUACGAGCCCAAGAGGCUCCUUGACACCCACGCAACUACUCUGCCACCAUCUGCCACCCUCCUCCGACCACUACCCGACCAUCCAUUCCCUUCUCCACACGACGCAUUCGAAUACGCCCUCCAGCUCCGAAUGACACAAAUGGCACUCGCCGAACACAUCGAAGGCCCCGAAGGAGCAGAAGGACGAUGGGUGAACGUAUUCAGCUGGAUCGCAGAACGCAAAGGAUCCCCGUCCACUUCAGGAUCCAUGUCAGAGACGCAGCCGAGAUCGUCUAUGGAUACCGGCGGUACCGAGACGGGGAGGACUACGACUACGCGAUCGCAGUCGGUGGUGCAUCAGCCGUUGCAGGAACCACUGAAUGAGAAGGGGCUGAUUGUGGACCAACAUGGAUCGCUGGGUGUUUCUAUUGGUGCUCAAGAUCUCGCACCAUCGGAGCUUCCGCCUAUCACUGUGACGCCUGCAACGCCUGCUGAGCCGAAUCGCCAUUUUCCGCUCAGUAUGGAUGAGAAAGAAUCGUUGAAAGACAGACGCUCCGCUUCAGCAGAUGGCGCUGGUAGGAAGGUGCAGCAGAUGCUGAAAGCCCGCGUUCAUAAAGGACAGGAGAAGAUCAGUACUAUUUCGAGGAAACUUGGGCAUGGCGUGGCGCGGAAUGGACAUUUGAAGAGGACGAGCUCUGCACCAGACUUCCAUGCUGUGCUACAGAACCAUCACUAUCAAGCGUCUUCAAUUCACUCCCGUCGUAGGCUGCGUUCUUUGAUCCGUCAUAAUGCGGCUGCCACACCGAUCGAGUCACCUCCUGCCCCACCUGCCCCACUUCCCCCGGUGCCAGAGGAAACACCUACGCUCCACGCGACGAAGGACGACAGGCUUUUAAGCGACCUUUGGGCCAUGUCUGCUGCCACUUUCCGACGUCUUGGUAGAAUCGAGCAAGCCAAAGGCGCAAUCCAAGAAGCAGAAGUCAAAGACUCUGAAAAUCCUGCUGUUUGGGUCCAGCUUGGUCUAUACUACGUGGCGCUAGAUCGUGACAGAGAAGCUCUAGACGCAUUCCGAAAAGCCUUGUUCAUCUCGCCCGAUGAUGUAGCUGCAUGCGUGCACGUAUCUCGCAUCUACCUCUCCACGAAAUCUUCCACCGAUGCGGUCAGCUCAAAUAAAGCUGAUCUAGUCGCUGGCCUUCUAGGGCACGUCACAAGAGGACCUGGCUGGGACGUUCCUGAGGCGUGGUAUUACUUGGCUAAGGCAUACGGGCUACAGGGGCGCAAGGAUGAAGAGCGGGAAAGUCUGGCGACGGCGUUGGCGUUAAGCGAUCGGAGGAGUAUUAGGGAUAUUGGGAGGGCUGUGGGGUGGUGUUUGUGA